GCAUGUUUAUAUAAUAAUGAUAUAUAAUGGAGCAUAUAUAUGAAAUGAUUUUACAGUGUCGAGAAUCACGAAGGCCAUAAAGACGUUGUCUUGGGCCAAUCAAGAUGAAGUCACCAGGAUUUUUGACGUUUACCUGUCUACUUGUUGCUGCGAAGGUAGCUUGGUGCAACGAUGGAGACAACCAAAAUGGACAGGUCGUCACUAGAGAAUUCAGAUCUUAUGGGCCGGGUCAAGUAGAAGAGAUUACUAUUACAUCUAAUAACGCCAGCAAUGUCCAGUCUCUUCAAAACGCGUCAGAAGUCAAACAAUAUGUUGCUGAACAACAAGAAAAACAGCAAGAGAACAUAAAGAACAUUCAAGAACAAACCGAUAGAAUCUAUCAAAUCAAUAAAGAACGCAGUGAAGGUAAUUGGAAUCAAAACCAAUCUUCCAAUAGUCAACAGAGCUCUUCAAAUGAAUCCGAAUCAAAUUCUUCUUCAAAUCAAGAACAAAACUCUAGUCAAAGCCAACAAAGUACUGGAAGUGAAUCUAAUUCAAAUUCUUCUACAAAUCAAGAACAAGACUCUAAUCAGAGCCAACAAAGUACUGGAAGCAAAUCUGAAUCAAAUUCUUCUUCAAAUCAAGAACAAAACUCUAGUCAAAGACAACAAAGUACUAGAAGUGAAUCUAAAUCAAAUUCUUCUACAAAUCAAGAACAAGAUUCUAAUCAAAGCCAACAGAAAACUAGAAGCGAAUCUGAAUCAAAUUCUUCUGCAAAUCAAGAACAAAACUCUAGUCAAAGCCAACAAAGCACUGGAAGCGAAUCUAAUUCAAAUUCUUCUACAAAUCAAGAACAAGACUCUAAUCAGAGCCAACAAAGAACUAAAAGCGAAUCUAAAUCAAAUUCUUCUUCAAAUCAAGAACAAAACUCUAGUCAAAGCCAACAAAGCACUGGAAGCGAAUCUAAAUCAAAUUCUUCUACAAAUCAAGAACAAGAGUCUAAUCAAAGCCAACAAAAUACUAAUAGCGACUCUGAAAUAAAUUCCUCCUCAAAUCAAGGAAAUACACAGUCAUCUUCUAGUAAUCAACAAAGUGAGAGUCAGGCAUUUUCUGAUUUUAGUAAUGCAAUAAAACAACAAUCUGAGAGUAUAUUUAAUGCGACUCAACAAAAUAUUUUGGAACAAAACAGAAAUCAGCAAGAAGAAAUUAGGAGAAUCCAAGAGCAAUCUGACAAUAUUUAUAAACAAAAUAAGGAACGCAGUGAAAGUUAUUGGAAUCAAAAUCAAUCUGAUUAUUGGAAUCAGAAUUCAGAUUCAUCAGAGCAAAACUCUAGUGAAAACCAACAAAGUACUCAAAGUGAUUCCGAAUCAAAUUCUUCUUCAAAUCAAGACAACACACAGUCAUCUUCUUCUAGUACCCAACAAAAUCUGAGUCAAGCAUCUUCUGAUUUUAGUAGUGCUAUACAACAACAAUCUAAGAGUAUAUUUGAUGCGACUCAACAAAAUAUUUUGGCACAAAACAGAAAUCAGCAAAAUGAAAUAAGAAGAAUCCAAGAGCAAACUAAUAACAUUUAUGAAAUAAAUAAAGCACGCAGUGAAGGUCGAGUACAAAGUCAAUCUCAGCAGCCAGCGUCGAGUGAAUCAAGCAGAGGCGCUUCUACUGCAACUUCUGAGUCAUCUUCGCAAUCAUCACAAACGGAAUCAUCACAAACGACAAAUUCUCAAGCUUCCAAUACUUCUGUUCAAGAAGUACGUCCAACAUACAGUCAAUAUGAGCAGCGCUCUCAAUUAUCUUCCCGAAAAUCUUCCCAGCAGUUAUUAAAAAGUGCAAGUACUGCAAACGGCACUCAAACUUCCAAUAUUAAUACUACAGGUCAACUUAGGCGUCUUGGUCAAAGCCAACCUAAGCAACCAGCAUCAAAUGAACGAAGACAGCCUAAGCAAUUUAAAAUAGUAUCUUCAUCUCAAAUACCUGAACAAUUUUCUCAACAUUCAUCAAAGAGUAAGAGUACUGAAAAUAGUUCUCAAUCUUCGAGUAUUAAUACUUUCGAUCAAUCCAGGCGGCUUCUUGGACAAAGUCAAUCUGAGCAACCAGAAUCAAGUAUACCAACACAACCUGAACAAUCAAUUAAACCAAGCAAUCCGACAGUGUCUUCAUCUCGGACAUCUGAACAAUCUUCUCAAAAGUUAUCACAGAGGGCAAGUUCUGAAAACAGUUUUCAAUCUUCGAGUAUUAAUACCUCGGUUCAUUCUAGGCGUACUGAUCAAUCUGAAAAACCUCCAUCAAGUACGCUAAGACAGCCUGAAGAACUAAUUAAACCAAACACUUCGACAGUGUCUUCAUCUCAAACAUCUUCCAGACAACCUUCUCAGCAGUCAUCACAGGAUACGAUUUCUGAUAAUAGUUCUCAAUCUUCGAGUAUUAAUACUUCAAGUUUUAGGCAUUCUGGUCAAAAUCAGUCUGAGCAGCUAGAUUUAAGUACAUCGAUACAACCUGGACAACCAACUAAACCAAGCACUUCAAUAUUAUCUACAUUUCAAACAUCCGGACAAUCAUCUCAUCAGUCAUUACAGAGUACAAAUUCUAAAAAUAGUUCUCAAUCUUCGAGUAUUAGUACUUCAAGUCAACCUGGGCAUCCUGAACAAAGUCAAUCUGAACAACCAGCAUCAAGCAUACUAACACAAUCUGGACAAUCAAUUAAACCAAGCACUUCGACAACGUCAUCAUCUCGGACAUCUGGACAAUCUUCUCAACAGUUAUCACAGAGUGCGAGUUCUGAAAAUAGUUCUCAAUAUUCGAGUAUUAGAUCUCCAAGUGAAUCCAGACUUCCUGGUCAAAGUCAACCUGAGAAAGCGACUUCGAGUGCGCCAAGACAGCCUGAAGAACUAAAUAAACCAAACAUUUCGACAGUGUCUUCAUCUCAAACAUCUUUCAGACAACCUUCUAAGCAGUCAUCACCGAAUGUGAGUUCUAAUAAUAGUUCUCAAUCUUCGAGUAAUAAUAUUUCAAGUCCUAGGCAAACUGGUCAAAAUCAGUCUGAGGAACUAGGAUCAAAUACACCAAUACAACCUGAGCAACCAACUAGACAAAGAACUUCUCAAACAUUUUCUCAACAAUCUGCUCAGCAGACAUCACAAUAUGCAAAUUCUGAAGGCAAUUCUCAAACGUCGAGUAUUAGUACCUCAGGUCGACUCAGGCGUCCAGGUCAAAAUCAACCUGAGCAGCCAGUAUUAAUACCAAGGGAGACUGAGCAGCCAAAUAAACCUAGAACUCCGAUAGUGUUCUCAUCUCAGACAUCUUCCCAACAACAAUCUUCUCAGCAGUCAUCACAACUUCAACAACUACAACAGCAACAAGAGCUUGAUGCCACCGAUUACAAUACAUUACAAACACAAUUUUCUCAAUUGUCACAGAGCUCUUCUGACUCGUCAUCUACUUCAAUCCCUGGAAAACCUAUACAGCCUAAACAAUCUGCAUACUGCGAAUCAAUAACGCCAGCAAAAGUUGUGCUGCCAAGUCAACUUAGAUAUCCUAAUAUUUUAGAACAACCAAUAUAUUCAGAAGAAAUAUAUCAACCCGAUACUGCUACUUCGACAAUAAUACAGACACAGAAUUCCCAAUCAUCGCAAACAUCACAAAGCGAUAAUGAUUCCAACUCUCAAACGUCAUCUAAUUCAAUCUCUGGAAUAUCCCUAGAACCAAAACAACCAGGAUAUUGGGAAUUAAUUGCUCCAGUUCAAUCAACUUUACUAAGAGAAGCAGGUCAACAAGAACAGCCUACUGUAGCAAUACAACCAGGUCAACUCGGACGGCCAGUUAUAGUGGAAGAGCUUGGUCAAACAGAACAGCCAACUAUAGCAAUACUGCCUGAUCAACAAGGACGACCAGUUAUAGUAGAAAAGGCAGAUCAACCACAACUGCCAACUAUAGUAGUACAGCCAGGCCAAUUAGGACAACCACCUACAGUAACACAGCAAGAUCAACUAGGACGUCCAAUUAUAGUAGAACAAUUGGGCCAAUUAAGACGGCCAGCUAUAGUAGUACAGUCAGGUCAAGGACAACCCGUUAUAGUAGAGCAAGUGGAGCAACCAGGUCAACUAAACCGACCAGUUGUACCAGAACAGCCAGCACGAUCAGCUACGCCAAUACUAGAUCAACUACGGCAGACAGUUAUAGUAGAAGAGCCAGGUCAAUUAGAAAGAUCAAUUAUAACAAGUCAACCAUGGGAAUUAAAACAACCUUGGGAGUCCGGAGUACCUCAGUUUCAACAGUCAGCACAGUCGUCUCAGAUUACUAGCGCACACCAACGGAGUAUAUACAGCGACGAGGAAAAUGUAAAAAGAGGACGCUAUGAUCUUAAUAAUCUACCUACAAACAGAGGGGUGGAGUCAGACAUAAACUUGAGGACGCUAUUCGUCAACGACGGUUCCAGGGACGGAAAAUGCUUCUGCUCCUGUGGUGUCAACCGUCGUCCAGUAUUUCUCACCGUUGACCAAGACCAGAUCGUCGCCCCCAGAUAUUAAAUUUACUUCUAUAAUUGGGAUUUCAUUUACCAUUUUAUUGCAUUUAACUCUCUGUAUAUGUAAAAUCGAUUUGUUGAGCUGUAUUUAUAUUAUUAAAUGAUUACGUCAAACGAGACGUGAUUGAAAGGACAAAAA